CUUUCAAUAAAAAUUAAAGCUAAAAUAUUGUAAAUAGGGAAUUUUGUUUAACAAACUAUAUUUUAUGCCAUGGCUAAAGCUGAGUCAGCUUCUAGGAACAAUGUGGAGUGCCUGAACGUAGAUUUUAUGCGGUCGCUGGUGAAACAAUAUUCCGAACUGGGGCAAUGGACGAGUGCAUUUUUCUGGGCCGAUGCAGCGGCGGCGGCGUCGUCGAGCGGACCAAACACUGCGGCCAGCGGAGAUGACAUCUGGUUAUUAGCCAGCGCCAUGCUGGCUAGAGGAGAACUGCACAGAGCUGCACAUGCUGUCACUUCUAGACAGUUGCACAGGCGACAUUUGUUGUGUCUGGGUGUAGCCAUGCGCGCGUACAUCGCGUCCAAGGAGCCCUCCGCCGCGCUCGGCGUGCUGGACGAGUGCGAGCCCGCGCUGCUGGAGCCCCGCAGCAUGGACCAGACGCAUAACCGGGCGCUGGCGGCGGUGCUGGUGUGGCAGGCGCGCGCGCUGGCGGCGCUGGAGCGGCGCGAGGCGGCGGCCGACGCGCUGACGGCGGCGCUGCGCGCGGACUGCGCGUGCUACGAGGCGCUGGACUUGCUGCUGGAGCAGCACGCGCUCACGCCGGCGCAGGAGAGCGAGCUGGUGGACUCGCUGCCCAUCAACAAUCAGAUGAGCGCGUCCGAGGCGGCGCUGCUGCGCGUGGCCUACCGCGAGCGCCUGCUGCGCUACGCGCCGCCGCCCGAUGCGCCGGACGAGGCGCCGGGGCCCGUGGAGGCGUGCCGCGCGCAGUGCGCCGAGGCGGCCGAGGCGCUGGGCCGGCGCCUGGCGGCCGGCGGGCGCUGGGCGGAGGCGCUGCGCGCGCUGGACCGCGCCGGGCCCGCCUGCUGCCCCGACGUGCGCGCCGCCUGCCUGGUGGAGCUGCGCCGCAGCGCCGAGCUGUUCGCCUUCGCGCACGCGCUGGUGGACGCCUACCCCACGGCGUGGACGGCGUGGUACGCCGUGGGCUGCUACUACUACCUGGUGGGCAAGAGCGAGCUGGCGCGCCGCUACCUGGGCAAGGCGUGCGGGUUGGAGGCGGGCGCGGGCUGCGUCUGGCUGGCCUACGGGCACAGCUUCGCCGCCGACAACGAGCACGACCAGGCCAUGGCGGCGUACUUCAAGGCGGGCCAGCUCAUGCCGGGCUGCUACCUGCCGCCGCUGUACGUGGGCGUGGAGUGCGCGCUCAACAACAACGUCAGCAUGUGCGAGCGCUUCAUGGCGCGCGCCGCCGCGCUGCACGGCGCCGAGCCCGCCGACGAGCCCGGCGCGGGCGGCUGGGAGCGGCUGGCGCGCGCGGUGCGCUCGGCGCACGUGGCGCACGAGGCGGGCGCCGCCGCCUACGCGCACGGCCAGCACGAGGCGGCGCGCGCGCUGUGGCUGCGCGCGCUGGCCGCGGCCGGCCCGCCCGAGCGCCUGGCGCCGUGCUGGGCCGCCACGCUGGACGCGCUGGGGCACGCGGCGCGCGCGCUGGGCCGGCCGGCGGAGGCGCUGCGCUGGCACGAGCGCGCGCUGGCGCUGCGGCCGGCGCGCGCGGGCUCGCUGGCGGCGCGCGGGCUGUGCCUGGCGCUGCUGGGGCGCGAGGCGGAGGCGGCGGACGCGCUGCACGCGGCGCUGGCGCGCGACCCCGACCACGUGGUGGCGCUGGCACUGCUGGACGCCAUCGUGGACCGGCUCGACGCGGCGCUCACCGAGGAGGAGAUCCCGCAGUUCCCGUUCCCGCAGCUGGAGCUGCCGCCCGCGCCGUCGCCCGCGCCCGCCGCGCCGCCCGACGGCAGCGACAUGAGCAUGAGCAUGAGCUUCGACUGACGCCGCCGGCCGAGGGUUUAGUGGUCACUGCCAACUACCCCGGAGGGAGCGUUCCUCAGUCCUCCGCUCCACAGAUAUCACAUAAGAACCAAAACUAUGUACAUACACCUAACUUAAGAAUCAAGUAGAGUAUAAUAAAAUUAUACUCUCAGAAA